GUGGGUUUCAGUUAACGUAUUUUUAAAUUGGAUUGUUUUAUCAUUCACUCUAGCCUUGAAUUUAGUAUAUCGAACAUUGCUUUGGCGCGAGGUGGACCGAGGUUAUAUAUAUGAGUCGAGACGGAACAACUGAGGCAGACCAAGGCAGUGGUGGCUCAUCAAACAUCAAGGCGACGAGAGGUCUGGAGACGUAAGCAUUGAUUUUGGAGCAAACUGCAGCAGGCAUCAUGGGACACCGCAAGAAUUAUGGUAGAAACUAUUUCCUUAACCAGAGCAUCCAAAGUCAUAGAAACUUGUCCAAUGGAUUCAGAACAUCACCACCAAGCCCAUCUCUCAGACCUCUCAGCCACUCCAGUCCAGUGCGUCAGUCAAGUACUAGAGCACCCCGCAGAUCACUGUGGGGAAAUGGAGGCAGUUGUAACAAUUGCAGUGCAAAUGAAGAUAGACCAACACUCUGUGGCCGAAACAAGCAUUAUAAAUGGCCUGUGACCUUUGGUAAUAGCAUGAAGAGCCUUAACUGCUUAAGUCUUGGUUGCAAUGGCAUUAAGAGCAUUAGUACCAAUGAAGAAAGCAUCAAGGAUAGCAAUGUUGGUAGUGGCAAGAAAGUCUUACCACGCCUGUCUAACCCACUGCGUUACAAGACUGAACUCUGUAGAAGUUUUGAAGAGAGUGGAGACUGUCGGUUUGGACAAGCUUGCACAUUUGCCCAUGGUCUUCGUGAGCUUCGUGCUGUUCUACGACACCCAAGAUACAAGACGGACCUAUGUCGCACUUACCAUGGUGCAGGCUACUGUCAGUAUGGUGCCCGGUGCCACUUUAUUCAUGAUCCAGAUGAAGAUGGAAUUGCUGCUCUGAGGGGAUUCAAGUCACAUUCCCAGCUAGAUGGACUUAGUAGGACUGUAUCAUCAAUGUCACCAAAGCCUGUAAAUGUUGAUAAUUUAAUUAUUCGUAACUUACAACAGUUUCAUGCAAAUAAAGCAGCAGAAGAUAGGUUGACAUUUUUAAAUUCUUCAGGCAAUAGUAAUGAACAACUCAGUUCCACUGGGUAUGGUAAUGAACAGCUCAGUUCCAUUGGAGAGCUUUAUCCAGAUUUUCCAUCUUUGAACAUGUUGACUAUUGGCCAAAAUGGUCUGUCUGGUUCAACAUCAGAGUCUCAUCUGCAGGAUAACUAUUUUGGAACCUCUGAUGACCUUUCUGAGUCUUCAAUAAAUUAUAUGGACAUGAAACCACCUAUUAAGGAAGGCACAGAAGUAGGGAGGUAUUUGCUUCCAUGCAGUGGGAAAAGGUUUGAUGCUACCUCUGAACUCCCUAAUCUGUUUCCUUUUACCUACUUGGAUGCUGAGCACUCUUCCAGAGAUAUUUGGCGGCUUGGUGAAACCUCCACCCAAUAUAAGACUGUUAUUGGCAAUCCAAUGGAGGUGUCUCGCAGCCUGCAGAUACCAAGUAUUGAAGAGCUGAUUCAUAUGCCUUGAAGAUAAUAGUUAGGUUUCAUGUGUGAAUGCUUUUUGAAUUUUUAUGAAAUUAUAGGAGUAGAUGUGAAGUAGAAUUAAUGACUAUCCCAGGAAGGUUAUGGAGAUAUUUAAUAAUUACAGCUUUUGGUUAUUGUAAUGGAAAGUCAUUAUCUUGUUUGUAUUGGAUUUUAAGUAAAACAUGAACUUUAAUUUUCAGAGUAUACAUAAUUAAUAUUGUGGUAAUUAUAAUUUGAGUGACAAUCUCCUCUGGAGAGAAUAAAAAUGUGGAGUAGGCUAAAUAGUCAAAAAUAUUUUAAUUUACUGGUAUUCUUUGUACCAUUUUUAAGUUAUAAGCUUUUAGUAGGGAUUUUAAUUUUUAUUUGACAAGCUAAGUAAAGCAUAUAUAAACCUACUUGUUCCUGUACAUCUCAUCUUAUGAUGGUAGUAUCCAUCUUGUUAUAAGAGUUAAUACUGGUAAUCUUUGUCAAAAAUAAAUACAUUUUUUAAGAUAGAAUUUUUGAGAAGUAUCAGUAUUGAUAAUAUUCUUUGCCAUAAUUAUUUCCAGCUGUGGCCUCAUUUACAGUUGAGUUAUGAUUAGUUUAACUGUUGUCAUCAUUAUUAGAAUUGUGUGCAAGAUUUAUCUAAUCAGGAUUUUUUGUCCUAUUCCUUAUGUGAUCAAAAAGUAUUUACUAAAUUAUUUUUUUUUAUUUUAGGUUUUUGAGCUUAAUAUAAUAUCACUAUUAA